CUUGUCGGCCACCGUAUGAUGUCGUGGCGUUUGCUGAUGUGUACGAACUUGCAACAGUUUCCCGAUUACCGAUAACUGUAAUUUCUAGCGUAAUUAGUCUGUUAAUUUGUUUUCUUACACUUUAUAUACAAUACCGGACAGUUUUACCUUCAGUGGUUCAAGAUGAGACGCGCCGGUUUGGGUGAAGGAGGCUCUGGAAAUUAUGUAGCAAGUGGAUACAGUGUCUAUGAAGAGGAAAAUGAACACCUACAGGAGGGACUGCGAGCUAAAGUCAACGCUUUGAAAAGUCUGUCUAUCGACAUCGGAACGGAAGUAAAGUACCAGAAUAAAAUGCUUGACGAUAUGGACACAGACUUUGACUCAACAGGCGGCCUGCUUGGUGCCACCAUUGGCAGAGUCAAGCAGCUGUCCAGAGGCAGUCAGACCAAACUGUUGUGCUACAUGCUGCUCUUCUGCUUUUUCGUCUUCUUUGUCCUGUACUGGUUCAUCAAGCUGAGGUGAUAAUUGGACCUCGUUGGACAUAUGGCCUUGGAUCCUCCAUAUCUUCCUCCACAGUCAGUGCCAGACUGAUUCAUUUAAAAACUAGACCAACAUAAUGACGAUGAGGAAAGGCAGGGAUUUUUUUUUAAAGGAGCUCAGCUUUACAGGUGUCCAUGUCUGAGUAUUUCACAGAACUGCUCCAAGGUUUAGUCAUGAAAGGACUCUUACUGAGUCCUUAAGGAGUCCCAGAAAGAACUUCAGGAUCUGACAUGAUUAAUGAACAUGUGAAGUAGGAAUCACAUAUACUGUAUAUGUAAUUCUGCAGUAGACGCUGUCAGUUUAUGUAUGUACUUGAUAUCAGCCUGAUUGGAUCGAGAAGGUGAGAAUCGACAUGUAACAACUGUUAAAAGUGAUUAAGUUAUAUAAGGCUACCUGAAACUAAUAAUGUAGUGUAUUUGCUAUUCAGAAUGAAUGGAUAUAUUCCAGCAUUUGGCCACACAAAAACAUUUUAGCAGUGUUCUUCAUUAUUGUUUCAAGUUUGUUGUAAAAAAUGUUUUUUAAUGUAAAUAAACAAAAUCUAUGCUCAGAA